GGACGUUAUGCAGAUAAUUCGGGGGUUAAAACCAAACGAAAGAGUUUCUGCAACAUCAAAACCUCACCAGAACGUUUGAAUAAUGUAUAAAACUCAUGAAUAUGUAUAUAUCCCAGUCAUGUAACAGUAUUUAGAGAACGCUAUUUUAAGUUAAUGGUGUCUUCUUUGGCCAAUAGCCAGAAACACCCCAGCGCUGGAUAUUGUCCCUUUUAUUGUCCCUUAUUAAACUUCUAAAAAUUCUAAAGAGUGAACUUUGUUUUUCACAAUUCCUUGUCCCACACCAAUGAGUCACAGUCACUGCCAAGUGCAGAUGUGUCCCCUUCGAGGCCUCGGAGGACACAGCGGUGUUUGCAGGUGUGUCUGCUGCUCACCUGCCGCAGAGCUGUGCCCUCCCGAGGGACAGCCACAGCACGGGAAGCCUCUGGGGAGAGGCUCUGGGGAGAGAGGCGAGGGGCUCUUUCGGGCAGCAGAGACGGGAGCGGGGCGGGGGCAGCCCGCGGAAGGGAACGCGCGGAGGACAAGGCAGAGGUCCCGCUCGCCCCACGGGCAGAGCCGGCGCCGGGCGCGCUCCGUGCCCGCUGCCUGCGGUAGCUGCUGCUGUCUCCAAGAGGCUGGAGAGCUUUCCCUGGCCCACGCCGGAGUGACAGCGCCCUUGAUCUGAUGUGCAAAGGGGAAAAAAAGCCCUCAUUUUCCCUGCUGUUCGACUGGGACGUGUGUUAUCGCUCCUUUUCCCGCGUGGAUUUUUAUCAGCGUUUUUAAACCCAGGGCUAAGUCACACUGACGCAAGCCUUUCAGAAAAGCCUCUCGAACGCAUUAGGAACGGAGCAAGCCCACGGCACCGCGCAGGGGUCCGGACGGGGAGCGGGGCAGGCGCUGCAGGACGGGAAAGAGACCGAGACCCGGCCCCGGCCCCGGCCCCGGCCCGGGCGGAGGCCUCGGCGGCGGCCCCGCGGCCCGGCCGCUCCGGCGCUGCCGCUUUAAGGGCGGGCGGGCGGGCGGGCGGGAGCGCGGCCCGGCCCCGGGAGCGCGGCGGCGGCAGCAGCAGUCUUGCUGUUGUGGAAGCACAGGCCUGAAAUGCUCCUCUGGUCAUCAGUUUCAGGGAAAGUUCAAAAGCUGUGCCCUGAAGCAAGGAAGUCUGGAUUAUUGAAAAGAAAUUAGACAGCAAGGCCCUGCAAUGCCAGAGUCUUCCUGCAAAAUCUCAAGAUUCAGUGGAAGAACCCUAAAUGGGAGUAGAUUGCUGUGUGUAUAUCUUCAGGGCAGAGGGAGAGAGAUGUUAAAAGGAAUUGUCACCCAUCACUAUGAAAAACAACAUCUUGUGAGUUUUUUUCCAAGCUUUGUGCCUCAUCCCUUGCUUCAGAUAAGCUGCGCUCCUGGGGAAGGCUGGUGUCCCUGGGGAAGCAUGGCGUUCCGUGGCUGGAAAUGGCUCCUCCUCUUGGGCAGGCAGAACACCCUUGCCAAGGUGUGGAGAAGCAGGAGGGCAGGCCCCUCUCUGCUCUGGAGGCGCUGCUGUCACUGGAGCACAGGCAAGUCUCUGGACCCGGAGGUGAGAGCGUUUUUGGAGGAGAACACCGAGGUCACCAACAGCGGGCACCUCACACCAGAGAUCCGGCUGCGCCUCCUCACCCCUCGCUGCAGGUUCUGGAGAGAAAAACCUGACCUGUGGCCUUAUGGGGACCCCUUCUGGGCAAUUUACUGGCCAGGAGGCCAAGCCCUCUCCAGGUAUAUUUUAGAUAAUCCACAUGUGGUUAAAGGGAGAUCAGUUCUGGAUUUAGGAAGUGGAUGUGGAGCAACAGCAAUAGCUGCUGUGAUGAGCGGUGCAUCCCAAGUCCUUGCCAAUGACAUUGACCCUAUUGCAGGAAUGGCAAUGAUCUUGAACUGUGAACUGAACCACCUGACUCCCUUCCCCAUCACCAUUAAGAACAUCAUCAACUCAGAGGCUGGCAACUGGGACCUCAUAGUUCUGGGAGAUAUGUUUUAUGAUGAACAACUUGCUGAUGGUCUGCAUCACUGGCUGCAGAAGUGCAUCAGGACUCACCAGACUGAAGUGCUGAUUGGUGACCCUGGCAGGCAUCAGUUUCUGAGCCACAGCAUUCGCAGUCAGCUGCACAAAGUUAUAGAAUAUUCACUGCCUGAGCAUACGAGACAAGAGAACUACGGGCUAACAUCAAGUAUUGUCUGGAGUUACCAGCCCUCAAACAGCUUAGACAACUCCUGAAGCUGCCUUUCGAUGGGAUUUUGUCUCAGAUGGCUUUUUGCAGGUAUAGAAAAUGAAAAUGGGAAUUAAACAGGGAACAUUACCUGUUAAAGUAAAGCAGCUUACUGUACCUUCACUGGACUGAUUUCAAUCAUGCUCAUUGAGGAUUUUGCUCAGUUUGAGGUAAAAGCUACAUGCAAACUGUGUUCAAAGGGGCCUGCACUGAAGUGCAGACCUACAGAAAACUUACACGUAGGAGUUUGCAUGCUUGAUGUUUCCCAUGUGUAUUUGUGUCUAGCUGACAUUACUGUGAAAUGUUUUGGAUGUCCAGCAUACUGCUGUGGGAAGAGAGGGCUGUGACUAGAGGACUACUGCACUGCUUCCACAGGCUUUUGCAAUUUAUUUAUGGAAAAUUUCUAAAUAUAGAUAAUUAUUGGUGUCCUCCGUAAAAUUCUCUACUAGUUUAUUAGCUCAUAAUAUGCUCAACUUGAAGUGCCUUGCUCUUUUUCUGGGUAUCUCUUCUGAAUGUCAAAGUAACUAAUUUGAAUCUCUCCCUUUCCCUCUAGAAUAAAAAUUUCCUCCUCCUUCAAACUGCCAGAGUGAUUAUGUAGGAGUUGCACCCAAAUCUAAACUCUGCUUCUUGACUGUCAGCCAGUGUAAAAGCUUUAAUAAAUAGAAAGUGAAUAAAUAGUACCAGCUAUGGAGUAACUUCACCCCCUUGAGAGUAGGGUCAAAUUAACUGCAUUCCCUGCAUUACUGUUUGCAAGGAUAAACCAGGCAAUCUGUCACCUUGGGAAGCUGCUGAGGGAUGAAGAAAUCUUUACGUGUGUGACAAACAGAGGGUAACUAAAUAAAAACAGGGAAUAAAAGUCUGAUGUAAUUAUUUUGCUCU